AUGACCGACAACAUAGUCACUCAAGUCUCGCCAGACACCAAUAAUGCCUUUAAUCAGAAUAUAUAUGAUGAUUACAAUAGCGGUAGUGAAAGUGGUAACGUAGACUACAACUCCAAGAUUCAUUUGGACUUGAGAGGGGAGCAUUUUACAAUAACAAGAGACGAACUAAUGAGCUUACCAGAGAGCAUCUUAUUAUGUUUAUUUCCUAACGGCGUUUUCUUAGAUGAAGAGGGUCAAGUCAUAACUAAUUUGACUGAAAAGGAUAUUGUGUUCGUCAACUUUGAUCCUCAAUGUUUUCAAUAUAUAAUUAACAAGUUUGGCGAAGCCCAGCAUGAUUUGCUCGAAAUGGGACCUUUAUCACCACAAGUUAGCAGCGGCCUUAACAGAAACAGUCAAGAAAAUGUACUUCAAAAUAAACCCGCUAUAAUCGUUUUGAGGGAAGAUUUAGACUAUUAUGUUAUCCCUCCUGUCGCUGGAUUAAAUGCUGACAAGAUGAGACUCCUCAAGUUGAAUGCGGGUGAACAAUUAUUGAAUAACGAGAUGAUAUUUAGUGGCUUGGGAUACAAUACGCAUCUACCUAUCUCCAUUAAACAAGAGCUUGGCCCCGCCGAACAACAUUUAUUUGAUAUGUUGUGCACAUCGGGAUUUGAGCCAAGAGGAACAUGGGGUUGUAGGAAUAUGGAGCCUUCGAAAUGCAUCAUUCUGUCUUUACUGUUGGUGCGUCUCAAAACACAUUCGGAUACCCCACCGGAUUCGCCUUCGUUGAACCCAGUGCAAUCAAAUGUAUCUACAAGCUCUAGGUCUAGGUCCAGAUUUGCAACUCUAGCAAGUAAUGCAUCUAGGGCGGCCUCCCGAUCUUUGUCAAGAACAAGAAAACCUCAGAAUGCCAAUCAAACUAAACUACUUUUGUUCUGGAGGAAGCCCGCUCGAAAAUGUUGGUGGUCCUCUGAGUCUAUUUCAAUUGACCUACCAAGUGAAGCACUUGAAACUUCAGAGCAGAAUGUUAGCGUUAGAGUUCAUAUCAGGAGAGUAUGGACAUUAGAGUUAUCAGUCAUUGGGGUUCAAUAA